AUGGCGGGCCCGUGGCUGCUGCUGGCGGCGGUGCUGUGCGCGGCGGCGGAGCAGCCGCGCUGCCCGUCGUGCGCGGCGGGCGCGGAGCGGCGGCUGCUGGAAGAGGCGGCCAAACGGCAGCUGCUGGAGAAGCUGCGGCUCCGUGAGCGGCCGAGGCUCGCCCACGCCGUGCCCCGCGCCGCCGUGGCCCGCGCCCUGCGGCGGCUGCAGGCGGGUGGCGCUCGCCGGGGCCCCGGCGACGACGAGCAGGGCUACGAGAUCAUCAGCUUCGCGGAGCCAGAUCCCACGUUUCCCUCUGGCUUGGGGCUGCAGUUCCAGUUCAGCCGUACACAAGACCAGGACGUUCACAUCCUGCAGGCUCAGCUUUGGCUCUACCUUCGAGUUCCCCGAGACCUGGUAGCCAGCCUCACCCUGAGAAUCUUCCUUGCUGCUGGGGAAGAUGAUUUGGUGAGGGGCAAUCGCACGUUGCUGAGUGAGAGGCGACUGAGUGCCAAGGGCAGUGGCUGGCGCGCCUUCACCCUCAUGCCUGCCCUCCAGAGUUUCUUUGGGGGAGAGCGCAGGACCCUGCGGCUGGAACUGGAAAGCCAUGGGGAUGGGGGUGGUAUUGUGGCAAUAGUCAAUGCCAGCUGGUCCCACCAGCCCUUCUUGGUGGCCAAGGCGAAGGUGCGGGAGUCAGGACACCACAUGGCCAAGCGCAGCCUCCGGUGCAGCCAGAACUCCAACCUUUGCUGCCGCAAGGACUACUAUGUGGAUUUCCGUGACAUCGGUUGGAAUGACUGGAUCAUUAAGCCUGAGGGCUACCAGAUAAACUACUGUGUGGGCCAGUGCCCUCUACAUGUGGCAGGCAGCCCUGGGAUGGCCUCUUCUUUCCACACAGCUGUCUUCAACCUUGUCAAAGCUAACAACAUCCAGGCAUCGGGGCACUCUUGCUGUGUGCCCACGCGACGCCGGCCACUCUCUGUCCUCUACUUUGAUCGCAAUAGCAACAUUGUCAAGACUGACAUCCCUGACAUGAUUGUUGAUGCCUGUGGCUGUAGCUAG